AUGAUUCGUAUUUUUACCAACGGUUCUAUAUAUUUACCUUAUUAUGAUAUAUUUGUUGAAUCGUCAUCAUAUUGUCUCGCCGUCGUCGACGGGAGUGAAUUCCAAGUGAUCUACUGUUCCGAAACUUAUGACAAGACCGAGGAGAUAACUGAUAAUGAGCCCUUGAAUUUUGACGAAGAUAUUUUGCAAAUAAGUGCCGAUAUAGUGACUAUAUUACUUUUGGGGUCAGUAUUUUUGGUGUAUUCCAUAUUGCCAGAACUCCAAAAUAAACACGGCUUUAUGUUGCGCAAUUAUAGCGGUGCCGUGUUUGUUGCAUACGGAAUUGAUCUGGUGUAUAUUUUUAUCAAAUCGGAUAUACAGUAUCCCGUCUGCGUUACAAUAGCCUUUUUAUACUUCUUGAGCAUCAUAUCGAGUUACUUAUGGUUAACUAUAAUGAGUUUUGAUAUGUGGUGCACAUUCAGAGGAUUUUGUUCGUUACAAAGAAACAUCAUACGAGAAAAAAGAAAGUUGAUAUAUUAUACGAUCUUUGCGUGGGGAUGUCCCUUUGUGCUUGCUAUUUUAUCUGUCAGCAUGGAAAUUCUUUCCGCGUACGUAAAAGUACCACCGAUUUUGCGACCGGAAUUUUAUUUAGCAAAUUGCUGGUUUAAUGAGACUGGUCCGUAUGUGUUGUAUUUUUAUGGGCUCAGUAGUAUGUGCGUCAUCAGUAGCAAUUGUUUAUCUAUUUAUACGGCAUUAAAAAUUGCGCGUUUCAAAAAGGAAUCGGGUCCUUGUCUGAAAGAUUCGGAGAAUAAAUGCUUUAACGAUAAUAAAAAAUGGUUUAAUUUAUAUCUGCAGCUAUUUAUCGUGCUAUUUAUCUUAAUAGGCAUACAAUGGCUAAUGAUAACAGCGUCAUUAGCUGACAAUGUAUAUGAAAUUUACUACUGGUAUGGUAUGAGUUUGAUGGACAUUAUGCAGAGUCUGUGCGUCUUUAUCAUAUUUGUGUGUAAAAAAAGGAUCAAGCGUAUGUUAUUCAAGCGAUUCGGCUGCGGUUUGUCGCCAAAUACUUGACACGGAUCGAAUGCAACAUUUUCAAGCAUUAUUACUACGUCAAAAAAAAUAGUCAUACAGGAGAAGAUGAGUUUUUUCGGACGAGCAAGAAGUCACACUGAUAGAAUCGACUUUUAAUUUUUAUUUGAAAAUGGA